AUGCCGACAGAGAUGGAGAAGAUCGACCUCGAGCCGCAGGUCCUCGAGUCGGGCUCAUCCCGUGAGUUCGACCCCGAGCUGGAGAAGAAGUUGCUGCGCAAGAUCGACUGGCGUGUUGUGCCGGCGCUGUGGUUUCUGUUUCUGGUGUCGUUUAUGGAUCGUUCGAAUAUUGGAAACGCCAAAACAGCCGGAAUGGCCAAGGAACUACACCUGGUUGGCAACAAAUACAACCUCGCCGUGACGAUGUUCACCCUCGCGUACGUCAUCUUCGGGGUGCCUGCGAACCUGCUGGUCAAGAAAUUCGGCCCCCGGAUGCUAGUGCUGUACAUGUUCACCUGGGGACUGUUUGUUAUGGGCCAGGGGCUGACGAAGACGGCGACGGGGCUGAUUGCGUGUCGGUUUUUCAUGGGGAUGUGUGAGGCGGGGUUCGUGCCUGGCUGCGCGUACUUGAUCGGAUCGUACUACAAGCGCGAUGAGUUUCUUCGUCGGUAUGCCGUGUUCUUCAGUGCCAACAUGGCGGCGGGGGCGUUCAACGGGCUUUUCGCGAGUCUCCUGACGCCGCUGAGUCUGGACGGACUCAAGGGAUGGCGGUGGCUGUUCCUGAUCGAGGCGAUCAUCACCAUGGGCGUCAGUCUGGUGUGCUACUGGAUCGUGGUGCCCUUCCCGGAAGAUGCCACCUUCCUGACGGCCGAAGAGAAGUCGCUGCUGCUGGCCCGUCUGGAGGCUGAUGGCGGUGGUGUGCGCGACGACCCCAUCUCCUUCCGUCGUGUGCUCAGCAUGGCUGCCGACUGGAAGAUCUGGAUCUGUGUGCUCGCGUACAUCGGCUCGGAAGAAAGCGCCAGCUCCCUAUCCAGCUUCAUGCCCACCAUCCUCAAGGACCUGGGGUGGUCGAGCCGUGUCGCCCAGGAACACACCAUCCCGGUGUACGCGGUAGCCUUCGUGGUGACGCUCAGCUGCGCGUGGCUGAGCGACCACCUUCGCCACCGGUACCUCUUCACCCUAUUCGGCUCCGUCCUGGUGAUCAUCGGCUGGGGCAUCGAGCUAGCCUACUACCUGCCCGCGGGGAUCCGGUACAUGGGGGUAUUCUUCGUGGCGUCGGGUGCGUUCAUCAUGAUGUCGACAACGGUGGUCUGGCUGUGCGUCAACCUGGGCAAGGGCGUGAAGCGCAGCGUGGGCAUGGGCCUGCUGCCGGCGUUUGGCAACUGUGGCGCGUUCGUGUCCGGCAACGUGUUUAUCACGGCGCAGGAGCCGAGGUAUCCGGUGGGGUUUGGGGUGGGCCUGGCCUUCGCAGUCAUGGGGGGCCUCGCCUGCACGGUGUACUAUGUCGCUCUGCGGAUGGAGAACAGCCGUCGUGACAGGUUGAGCCAGAGCCAGAGCCAGGCCCAGGACCAGUCGGCCAAGGAGUGGACCUCCGACGCGCAGGAUCUCGGGGAUGCGCAUCCGGAUUUCAGGUAUCAGUUGUGAUUUGUUGUCAUGCUCGAUACGGAGUACAGAGACAGAUACAAGUCGUAUGAGUGAUGAGUGUACAGUGUAGAUAUGGUUGGUUGGCUGGUCCUUGUGGGUGCGGUUUGUUUAGCAUCGUUACGGUACUAGCUGCUUGGACUAAU